ACUCCCCAUACGCUAUCACCCGAGCUUCUUAUCAAGUGUCAUAAAAGUACAAUAAAUCAAGUUCGGUUUAACCGCAUUCAAAUAUAUUGACACAUGUCUGGAUCGGAAUUGCACUGCAUUCAAUAAUUUUAUUUGUUUAGGCAAUUUGAACGUUUGCACUAAAUGGAUUAGCGCGUAUGAAGGAUCAUGAUUUGUUAUUGUGAUUUUUCAACGAAGAAAAUUGAAUCGAAUUGUAUCGAAAGAGAUAAUAACAAUGUAAACACUUUUAACUAGCACUGACCUGUUGUAGUAGGAAAAAUGAACAGUUUCGCCAAUCCUCCCAAGAACAUUCAUCGCAAUAGUGGCAGUUGACAUAAUUUCAAGUGAUGAAGACUUUAAUCUGUGUGAUAAUCCUAGUAUUUUGCUUAGGAAUUGUGGCAGCAAAUGACACUGAGACGAGGAAGCGUCACAGAAGAUACAUAAUUUUGUCACGGACGAAACUGAACGCCACUGAAGAAUGUUCCAGUUCUUCGGACGACUUUCUUACCUUAUUCACCGAAGCUCAGGUCGAAAAAGGAGGAAUUAUAGUUGUCUUCUGUAUCGGAAUCUACUGUUUUACUCUUCUCGCAAUUAUAUGCGAUAAUUAUUUCCUACCAUGUGUGGAGAAAAUCUGCGAAGCAUUGAACCUAUCUCAUGACGUGGCAGCGGCAACCUUCAUGUCGGUGGCGACUUCAACACCUGAAUUAUUCGUUAAUAUAAUCGGGACUUUUAUCACCGAAUCAGACAUAGGAAUCGGAACCGUCGUCGGGUCUUCUCUUUUCAAUACUCUGGGAGUUGCGUCUCUUGGAAGUUUAGCUGCCUCGAGUCCGGUCCAACUUCACUGGUGGCCCAUCAGUCGCGAUGUUAUCAUUUACAUCUUGUCAAUUCUGCUAUUGGUGAGCAUCACAUGGGAUGGAGUGAUUUAUUGGUACGAAGGGUUGAUUUUGUUCCUCGUUUAUUUCAUUUACUUCACGGUGAUGUUUCAAAAUGUGAGGAUAUCAAAGUUUGUGCUCAGAUUGAUUAAGAGGGACAAUAAAAUCAGCGAUUGCGAGAAAGGGGUGACGCCGACGCCGAGGAGAACGAGCAUUGCGGUGAUUUCGUCGUAUGGCUCUUAUGCCGAAGAGCAGAUUAAUAAGUAUACGGAGACGAAGAAUAUAAGCGAGACGACAAGUGAAGAAGAAAACUUCUCGCUCUUUCGAAUGCCCAAAGGCUCGAUCUGGAAAAGAGUCUUCUUCUUCUACUCGUGGCCCAUAAAGUUCAUUCUUUUCUGCACCGUUCCUGACCCUCAACGCUACCCCAAACUCUUCCCCGUGACAUUUAUCCUUUGCAUUUUCUGGAUCGGAUCAAACUCGUACGUGGUAUCCUGGAUGAUUGCUAUUAUAGGCAAUAUGUUUAACAUAUCUGAUGCAGUGUUGGGUUUAACUUUCCUAGCAGCAGGAGGUUGUCUUCCCGAAGCGAUUUCGAUCACGAUCAUGUCUCGAAGAGGUGAAGGGUCAAUGGGAGUAUCAAAUUCGCUGGGCGCAAACACAAUGAAUAUUUUGCUUUCAUUAGGCAUGCCUUGGUUCCUGAAAACAAUCGUUAUGGGAACAGACGAAAAUGCUUUCAUCCAAAUAACUUCAGGUUCUAUAGAAUACACAAUUUCAGCUUUAAUACCAGUCGCGAUCAUCCUCUACCUUACUUUUUAUUUCAACAAAUUUCAGAUGUGUAGGAGAGUCGGCAUUAUUCUCAUUUCAGUUUACACUAUUUGUAUCAUAUUGGCCAUUCUAGCCGAAAUGGUAUUUUUUAAAUCGGAAGAUUGUCCGACUUCGUAGCAAUAAUUAGAAAAAAAAUUGUAAAUAAAUCAGUAUUUAAGUAACUUGUUGAAUCAUGUAAUAAAUUUUUAUACGAAGA